AUGGUCCAGGGUAAAGGGGAGCAGAGCGCUUACCUCUCGUCUUACGAUCAUGAUGAAGUCUACCGUGUAAUCAUUGAUGCAUAUCGGUUGAGGGUUGAAACAGAUCACCUGUCUCGCCAGGAAGACCACGGCAUGUACUAUUCAGGGAAGCCUCUUGAUGGGUUGGUCUGGGCACAAGGGGAUGCGAUUGACGACUUUCAACGGUUCCUCGACCUGUUGGAAGGCUCAAAGAUCCUGCCUAAAUGGUGGCUGUUCGAAGACAGAAUGCAGACUCUCGCCCUAGCGAUUGACAAGAACGACCCAGAAUCCAUCUUCAAGCCAAUCAAUCAGACUGAACUACCUCAACGGUACGGAGGGGACAUGGCGAUUCGACAGGCACUAGCUAUUCUUGCAGAGAUGUGCGUUGGCUACGACGGCAAAGGACCGGCCAAGGACGAUACCUGGUACCAGGAGUUCCAGGAAUUUCUCGAUCUGCAUCCUGAAGAACGAGCAAGGUUGAUCAAGGGUAGCAUUGAGAUGGUGGAUGCGGUCAUGAAGGAGCAUGGAGAGGAGUUCGGGCAAAAGUCAAGCUGA